AAUACCCCUUCCAACGCUAAGCAUCCUCUUCUUCCUCCUCCAGUCGCACCGCUGCACUCACAAUGCCGCCGUCUCCUCCGCCUCUUCUUCUUCCAUUUCUUCUCCACUUCCUCGCCUCAGCCUCCCACCCCGUCUCGCUCUCACUCCACCGAACACCAAUCCCGGCCCACCCCGACCCCCGCCACCGACUGGCCGCACUCGCCUCGGCCUCCUACCUCCGCGCCUCCCUCCUCAAGAACCCUAGCCGUCACUCCUCCCCUCCCCCCGCUACCUCUCCCCUGUUCCCCCACUCCUACGGCGGCUACCCCUUCGGCCUCACCUUCGGCACGCCGCCGCAGGAGCUCCAGCUCCUCCUCUAUAACGGCAGCCACAUCACCUGGGUCCCCUGCAACCCCUCAUACCAGUGUCGCAGCUGCGCCUCCUCUUCCGGCAACACCCUCCUCCUCAGUUGCUCCCGUCUGAUGCCGAAAUCCCCGCUGCCUCUGGAUCCACUCCGCGGACUUCCUCCGUUCCCGUUGCCCCUCCUGCAGCAACGCUACUUCCGAUUGUCCUGCCUCUGCGUGUCCCCGUACUCCCUAAUCUAUGGGUCCGGCUCCACCGCCGGCCUCUUCAUGCUGGAGACGAUGGGCUUUUUUUAUCUUACUUUCCCCAAUUUCACCGUCGGAUUCUCUAUUUUCUCCGAACGGCAACCUUCCGGAGGCAUUGUCGGAUUCGGACGCAGCGCCCCCUCCCUCCCCUCCCAGAUUGGCCUGAAGCGGUUCUUCUACUGCCUCAUCUCCCGCCGCUACGACGACGACACCUCCGAGAGUGGCUCCAUCGCGCUCGACCCACCUAAAGAGGACUCCUCCGACGGCCUGAGCUCUACGCCUUUCCUCAACAAUUCGGCGGCUGGUGCCGUCGAAGGCUUUCCCUUCUGUGUCUACUGCUACGUCGGACUGCGCGAGAUCGCCGUCGGAGGCGAGCAAGUAAAAAUCCCCUACUCCGCCCUCGUCCCAGGCCCCACCGGCGAAGGCGGCGUCAUCGUAGAUUCCGGCACCACCUUCACCUACAUGGCCCCCCACGUGUUCAAUCCAGUGCUGGCCGCAUUCGUCGACCGCGUGGCGGGACGGUACAACCGAUCGAAGGCCUUGGAAAAUCAGACGGGCCUGCGUCCGAGUGUAGAUAUUUUGCCACCAUUGUAGAUACGUCCUAGGUAGAAAUUAAACCGAUUACUUGUCAAUUUAAGUGUUUUAGGUAUUUCUUCUCCUAUAAUGAUAUUUUGAUAAUAAAUAAAUUAGUAGUAAUACUUCACUAGUAGUAA